CGAAACAGGACAAAGUAGAAGAUGCAAAGAGCAGCGCUUGAGCGCCUGGAGUGUGCGCGCAAGCCGUUCUUGCCGAUAAAGGCAGACCGAUGCAGCAGAGCGCGCCCUUCAGACUGCGUGCCUACGUACUAGCUGAGCGCACUGAUCAGUCAGCUUGCACACACAGGAGCCAUGAAACUGCUAGCGCUCCUCGGCGCCCUGCUGGGCGCUGUUAUCGCGGUGAAGCUUGCCAACGCGACUAAGCAACUCAAGAUUCCCCUGAUGUACGUUGGCCACAACUACACUACUAACUUGGGGAGGUCGCCGCAGACGGAACCUCUCAGCUGCGAUGCAGACAUGCGGUACGUCGGCGUGGUAACCCUAGGCACGCCCCCGCAGUCAUUCAAGGUGAUCUUCGACACGGGCUCGUCAAACCUGUGGGUGCCAUCGAGCAAAUGCGUCGAUUCGAACAUCGGAUGCAGCGGUCGAAACAAAUACGACAAAGACGCAUCGUCGACGUACAAGAAAAAUGGGCGGCGCUUCAAGAUGAGGUACGAGUCCGGCCAAGUGCGUGGAACGUUGAGCAGAGACGACCUGGGCGUGGCAGGCGUCUCCGUCAGGGGACAACUGUUCGGCGAGAUCACGCACACUACCGGAGACGUCUUCAAGGUGGUCGCCUUCGACGGAAUUUUCGGCCUCGGCUACCCGGACAUCUCCGAGAAGGACGUGGUUCCGCCGUUUGACAACAUGCUCAAGCAGGAGCUCAUCACAGAACCCCUGUUCUCAGUGUUUUUCAGCAGCACGCCCAGCGAACAGAACGGAGGUGAAAUCCUUUUUGGGGGCGUCAACAGUGAGCGCUACACCGGAGACAUCACCUACGCGGACGUCACUAAAAAGGGCUACUGGCAGUUUACCAUGGACGGCCUCCAGGUAGGAAGCAAGUCAAUCGUGAUCAGCCCAUCUGAAGCAGUUGUUGACAGCGGCACCACGGUUAUGGCGGGGCCCAAAGCAGAAAUCGAACGCAUCAACAAAUAUCUCAAAGCGACUCCUAGUCCCCGAGGGCAGUAUCGUGUGAGUUGCAAGAGCAUUCCUAAAAUGCCCAAAGCUGUCUUCACUAUCGGUGGCAGGAAAUUUGAAUUUGAAGCUAAAGACUAUAUUCGACAGGUCCAGUCCUCUGACAAGAUACGCUGUUACAGCGGUUUUGAGGAAUACAAUGAAGGAUCCCUUUGGAUUUUGGGACAAGUGUUCAUGCGUCAUAUUUACACUAUUUUUGACCGGGGCAACAACCGCAUUGGAUUUGCACAGGUUGCCUAAAAAACAGCCUGCAAAGAAUGGCAUGGUGGUGAAACAUAAUAAACAGUUUGCCA